AUGGAACGUCAAAGAGUAGCUGAAGAGCUGCAUAAGCCAGCACGUCGCCGCUACAAGAGAAGAAAAUAUGACAUACGUGGCAUAGAUGAGACUUGGCAAGCUGAUCUUGUUGAAAUGAUACCUUACUCCAAAGAGAACAAAGAUUUUCAUUACUUACUCACUGUUAUAGAUAUAUUUUCAAAGUAUGCAUGGGCCGUCCCAGUCAAGUCAAAGAGUGAAUUCAGCAAACAAGGAAGCUACAAAUGGUUGAAUAUUCUGCCUAACUUGCUCAAAGUAUACAAUUCGAGAAAACAUCGGACAACAGGAAUCGAGCCUAAAAAUGUUAACCAGGCAAAUGAGAGAGAGGUCAAGAGACGUUUUCCUAAUGAAAAGUCACCAGCGAAAAAAACGAAAUUCAAAGUAGGAGAUAAAGUACGAAUAAGUAAGAUCAAGAAUGUUUUUGAAAAAGGUUAUACACCAAACUGGUCUACUGAAAUUUUCACAAUAACGCCAGUUAUAAAAACAAAUCCGAUAACUUACCACCUCAAAGAUUAUUAUGAUAAACCAGUCUCCGGUGGCUUUUAUGAAAUAGAAAUUCACAAAACAUUGUUUCCUGAAAUUUAUCUUGUAGAAAAAGUUUUGAAGAAAAGUGGUAAACGCGUAUUUGUUAAAUGGUUAGGAUUUAGUGACGAGCAUAAUAGUUGGAUAAAUAAAAAUGAAAUUCUUUAA